AUGUCAUCACCCGCUUCCCCUUCUGCUUCCAGCACGAAGCGUAAAACGCCUGCACCGAACGAAACAGAUGAAGAUGGAUUCACUAAAGUACCUACAAAAGAGGAAAGGAGGAAGAUGAGAAAAGUCAAUAAGCAUCGACCAGGAUUUCAAUAUAAUACAAACGAAUUCAGGUAUGGUAAGAAAGUCGGUAUUGCACAUGUGAGGGAUUUAGUAAUGUAUAUCGUUGCUGAAAGUAACAAACCGCAAUGGAUACAAAUCGAGCAUAAAUCAUUCAUCAAACAUACAGUCUUGCUAUUUGUCCCUGGACUUCUCCCUUCCCAUCUAGGCUUGGACCAAAUACCAACCAUCGCUUCUAUGCCAUUCUCGACUACACCAUCUGAAUCAAGCUCGAGCUCAUCAACACCUAGAGUACCUGUAAUCCCUAAAUUAUUCACUUAUGCUUGUCCAACUAGAGCACCUGGAGAUGAUAGGAAAUUGCAUUCAGUAUUGAAUAGUUUAUUGAUGAGUCCUAUACCAGAUUCAUUGAAGAAGCAAAAGGAGAAAGAAGCUAAACAAUUAGCUGAAGCAGCAGCAUCAUCAGAUACACCACCGUUCCUAUUCCUACUUACACCACAUCAAAUGAUAGAUAAUGAUUAUCCAAUACCAUCAUAUAUCUCUCCAUCUGAUUCACCAAUUAUACCAGGAUUAGACUUGUCGACUUUACCUCCAAGUUUAGCGGCCGCUUUAUCGGGUCCUAUAGGUGGACCAGGUGAUGUCCAUCUGGAUAUAGGUUUAGGAGGAAGUACAACGUCCAUGGGGAAUUCAUCGAAUGGGAAAAAAGGGAAUAGAAGGGAAGAUGCGUGGGUUGAAUCUCCCCAAGCUAAAGGUCCUCCAGAAGAUGGUAAAUGGCCUAUAUUAGCUAUGGAUUGUGAAAUGGUCUUAUCAGAGGAUGGUCAGGAGUUGGCUAGAGUAUCUAUCAUAGAUUACGAAACUGAUGAGAAUAUAUUCGAUGAAUUGGUCAAACCCCCAAAGGAAAUAAUAGAUUUUAGAACUCAGUGGUCAGGUAUAACACCUGAAAAACUCAUACAUGCUACUCAUACAUUAUCUUCGAUUCAAUCAGCUUUAAUAACUGGACCGAAUCCGAUCAUUACACCUCAUACAAUCUUAUUAGGUCAUUCAUUAGAAUGUGAUUUGAUCGCAUUGAGAAUCAAACAUCCUUUAUGUAUAGAUACAGCUUUAGUAUAUAAACAUCCCAGAGGUCCACCGUUCAAAGCUGGUCUGAAAUGGUUGGCUCAAAGAUGGUUGAAAAGGGAAAUCCAAGCGAGUGAAAAAGGUCAUGAUUCAGAAGAAGACGCUAGGACUUGUAAUGAUCUAUUGAAAAUGAAGAUGAUUCAUGGUCCAGACUUUGGGAACGCUUUAGAAAACAUGGAACCUCUAUUCGAAAGGUUGAAUCGAAAUAAACCACCUAAAACAUCCGCUUACGUAGACUAUGGUAAUCCCCGAUCAUCAUAUGGCUCAAAAGCCACCACUGCCAUUAGGUGUUCUACAGACGAUGAGAUAGUAGAGAAGAUAUUGGAGAAUGUAGAGGGACAUGAUCUGGUAUUCGGAAGAAUGAUGGAGUUAGCCAAUGUCCAAGGAUGGAACGAUAGAGGGAUCAAUGUGGCCGAUUUCGACUCAUCAGAAAUCGAUAAUGCUUUGAGUCGAUUUUCGGAUAGGUUAUCUCAAUUACAUGAAUCAUUGCCCACAAAUACUGCUCUAGUGGUAGUCACAGGACAUUCAAGUCCUUUACCUAUGCUCAGGUUAACUCAACGUAGACAAAAAUGGGAAAGGUUAGUCAAGACUUUAGGUGGAACAGAUCAGAUUCCAAAAGAAGACAGAUGGAUGACGGAAGAUGAAAGAGAAUUGGAAAGAGCUGUGGGUGAAGCAAGAGAAGGAAUGGCUUUUUUCUGUGUCAAAGGUUGA